AUGAGUAAAGAGAAAAAGAUUGAGGCAUCCAUGUUAACAUUUUUUGUAUAGGAAUUGAACUAGAACUUUUGGGAACAGACCUAAACAACUGAAUUAGAUUCGUAAGAAUUCUUGAUUGAACAUGAAUUUGUUAGAGAGGCCAUGAAGGAAGUGAAAGUCAAACAUACCUUGCUUGUGUUGGGAGAGGACGAGUUCCCUUAAAUAUAUUGCAUUUCGAUACGAUCCCAAAAUUACCAGGAAGAUCAUAUUUUGCAACUCAAUUCUGAAAAUUAAUUAUAAGGAUUCAAAUUAACGUAUGCAAGCAAGAUACUUCAAGUUUUUACAUCAAAUUCUGUUGUUUAUUUGUAAUGGUAAGCCAUUUUAAAACGUAAAUGUCUACUCUCUUCCUUCCAUGAAACAUAUCACGUUGAGAAAAUGAUAGGCAAGGGCAGUUUUGCUAAGGUAUAUUUGGCCACUUCAAAUGGAUAAUCAUAUGCUAUUAAAGCAUUUAGUAAGCAAUUCAUAAAUGAAUAACCGAAGGGUAGGGAAAGUCUCCUUAAUGAGAUGUAAGUGAUGAGAGCCAUAAAACAUCCCAAUAUUGUGUAAUUGGUGGAAGUGCAUGAAACGCAAAAUUCGAUAUAUUUUGUUUUAGAUUUAGUUGUUGGAGGGGAAUUGCUCUAGAGAGUGAAAGAGAAAGGACUACUGAAAUCUGAUGAUCUAAUUAAAAUUGCAUUUAAUUUACUCAGUGCCCUAGAUCAUUUACACCAAAAGAAAAUAUUCCAUCGAGAUUUGAAACCCGAGAAUCUCCUUUUUAAAUCGAAAGAUGACAAUUACAAUAUCAUGAUCGCAGACUUUGGUUUGGCAGCCUUCUCUGAUCAGGAAUUAAUAUUUAAGAGGUGUGGAACUCCAGGUUUUGUUGCUCCUGAAAUUCUACUUUAUAUUGACGGAGGACCAAUUUAUGAUACCAAGUGUGACAUUUUCAGUGCUGGUGUAAUCCUGUACAUAUUAAUUACUGGUAAACAACCAUUUCCUGGCCAAGAUCAAAAGGCCAUUUUAAAGGCUAAUAAGGCUUGUUAGGUAGAUUUCGGAUUGCCAGCCUUUUUGAAGACUCCAAUUGAAUUUUAGGAUUUAGUAAAAAAGAUGUUGUCAAGCAAAAUCAGUGAUAGGCCAACUGCAUAAGAUUGCUUAAAACACAAGUUUUUUGCUAAAAUAUCUUAACAAUUAAAGCAAGAUUAAUAAGAUUUGGAAGAAUAAUAACAAUAUGUAAUGAACAAUCUAGCCAAUUAUGACAUAGAAUAUACAAUUGGGUUAAAGAACAAUACUUAGAAUUCGGAGGAUUUAGUAGGAUCACAGUAAUUACAAUGGCGAAAACCAGCUUAUAAUGGUAAUGUUUAGACUGUGGAAACCUUAACUAACUGUUCCACAGUUUCGAUCAAAUAAAUUGAUGCUUAAUCUUCAUCUUAGUUCUAAUAACAAAAAUAACCUCAAUAAUCUAAAUUCAGUAUUUUCAGUGCUAAAUUAUCAAGACAAAAUAGCUUUGAUGGAGGAACUGAUAUGUUCAAAGAUUGUGCAUCUCCAGGUAGAAGUAAGAUUUCAAAAGAGAAGGAUUUACAUAAGAUUGCAUUGAAGAACUCUUUUCGAUUUUGUUAAAAGCCAUAAUUGUAGGUGGAAGAUAAUCAAAUCAAUUAAGAACAAUCAGAAGUAAGUGAAUUGAUCAAAAGACACAAUUCUAGUGAAUUGAUAAAAAUGAAUCGUACUGAUCAUGAAAUUUAAUCUCCUAAAAAAAUCGAAUGAUAUAAAAUUAUAAAAACUUAUUUAAUAUUUAAA